AUGGAGAUCUUCAAGCUGUUUCUCCAGUCCUCCAGUCUCACCUCUCUGCUCGAGGCUCUGGUGGUCCUGCUGCUCCUCUACUUCAUCUUCUUUUCCAACUUCAGAUCCAAAGAAGCCAGAAAAGAGCCUUCAGGACCAAAACCACUUCCACUACUUGGUAAUCUCUUGCAACUCGACCCCAAAAUACCCUACAACACCUUAUUGCAGGUAAGUCAGAGCUGUAGGAGUAUAUUUCCUGUCAGUAUCUGAGAUGGUCGAGUUGGUACUGGUCUAAUUCAGGACUUUGUGCUCUGAUUCCCAGCUGUCAAAGGAAUAUGGAUCUGUAUUUACGGUUUAUUUGGGACUGAAAAAGGUGGUGGUCCUGGCAGGUUACAAAACAGUGAAGGAGGCUCUUGUGAAUCAUGCUGAUGAGUUUGGAGGCAGAGAUCCGAUUCUUCUCCUGCAUGAGAGAAAUGAAGGUCAUGGUAAGUCAAGAAGAGGGGACUUUUUUUUAUCAAAAUGUAAACAAAACCUUCAACCCUGAACUGUAUUUUCACGAUGAUCUGAUCUCCUCUACCUAAGGUGUCCUGUGGUCCAAUGGUGAUUCUUGGAGGGAGAUGAGGCGCUUCAGCUUGUCGAACCUGAAAGACUUUGGGAUGGGUAAGAGGGCAUGUGAGGACAAAAUCACAGAGGAGUGUGAGCACCUCAUUCAGCUGUUUUUGCAAUUCAAAGGUAAAGAUCUUUUUCUGUAUUGGAGAAUUUAAUAAUAAUAUUUUGGGAGGAAAUCUGAGGAAAGGUUUUAUACUUUCUUUCCCCGUUUCCUUCGCUGCAGGAGAAGCUUUUGACACAACCCAGCCAGUCUACUAUCCAGUCGCCAACAUUAUCUGCUCCAUGGUCUAUGGCAGCAGAUUUGAAUACGACAGUCCAGAGUUGGCAUCCCUGUUAGGUCGGAUUUACAAACUCGGUCCACUACUAGGCUCUCCUUCAGUAAAGGUACAGUCCCUGAGGUCUAACAGUUUAUUAAUAUGACGCAAACUGUUUCCACAAAUAGUCUUGUUUUGGCCCUAAAUCCAAGAAGGUUAAGAAAAUAUUUAAUAUUUAUUGAGAAAAACAAAAUUUGAUUGUUUGCAUGUGAUUUGAACUGUAUUCGAUUGAAAAAUUUGCUAACACAACUUUUGUUUUUGGACCUAAUAAAGUGCAGAAUUUUAAUUGUCAUUAAACACCAAGAAAAAUUAUAGAAAGAUUUGGAGAAUCUGGAGAAAUCCCAAUAUUUUGAUAAAGUACUGCUUUGAUAAGUAACCAAACUCUUCCAGAAUUGAGGUUUGAUUAUCUGAGUGAGACAUUAUUUUCAAAAAGAAAUGUUUCCACAGGCGUACAACCUGUUUCCAUGGGUCUUCAAAUGGAUUGCGAAUAGGAAGGAAUUCCACAGGUUGGGUGACUAAACCAAGUGACAGAACAGGAAGCUGCUCGGUCAUUUGAAAGAGACCCUAAAUCCACUGAGGUGCAGAGGUUUCAUGGAUGCUUUUCUGGUCAAGAAGCAAAAACUUGAGGUUAGGAGGUAUUUUUGAUUUCUAGAAGUUGACAAAGAAGUUUUAUCGGUGAGGAAAACACAAGUGCCAUCUUGAACGCCUUCAUAGUAGAUAAAAGAUCAGAAAAAUGUCCUCUCUAGUGCCCAUUUGUUAAAAAUCACACGGGCAUGCCUGAAUACUCUCUGGAUGUCCUUUCAGUUUGUCAGAUGUGAACAGAGUGCCCUCAGGUUGCUCUUUUAGGAUUAAAUGUAAUCCACCAAGUCUCCUCCUGCAGGAAUCCGGGAUUACCAACAGUCACUUCCAUGAUGAAAACCUUUUGAUGACUGUUUCCAAUCUGUUUUCUGCCGGCACCGAUACAACAGCGACUACGCUACGAUGGGGACUUCUGUUAAUGGCUAAGCAUCCGAAAAUACAGAGUAAGGAACUGAGGAGAUCAGCUAUGUUGAUUUAAAAACACACCCUUACUACCAAGUAAGAAACUGAAGCCUUCUGCCCCUCCAGACCAGGUCCAGGAGGAGCUCAGCAGGGUUAUAGGAAGUCGACAAGUGCGGCUCGAUGACAGAAAGAACCUUCCAUUCACCAACGCCGUCAUUCACGAGACACAGCGGAUGGCUAACAUCGCACCCAUAGCUAUUCCUCACAAAACCACUCGGGAUGUGACCUUCCAGGGUCACUUCAUUAAGAAGGUCUGAUGAAAUUAUAAAGCUUUUGUUUUCUUUGUACUCUGGUGCUGUUUCAAGUGUAUCAAAGCAAGCACGUAUUGAUUGGUCAACAGGGGACAGCGGUGUACCCUCUCUUGACAUCUGUCCUGUUCGAUGAGGAUGAGUGGGAAACCCCUCACACCUUCAGUCCUGCUCAUUUCCUGGACAAAGAUGGGAAAUUUGUGAAACGAGACGCCUUCCUGCCUUUUUCUGCGGGUCUGUGAGCGUAGAAAUCACCUCCGCUGGUUUUUAUGUGGUUCUGCCAACAUAAAGCUUUUACUCCUUCCUCUGCAGGUCCCAGAGUCUGUCUGGGAGAAAGUCUGGCCCGGAUGGAGCUGUUCCUCUUCUUCACCACCCUCCUACAGCACUUUCAUUUCACUCCUCCACCUGGAGUUUCAGUGGAUGAAUUUGACGUGACCCCACAGCUGCUCCUCUUCCUCGAACCGCCGCCUCAUAAACUGUGUGCUACACCCCGGUUGUAUAACGACUGA